UUCAACGUGUACCUGAUGCCCACCCCUAACCUGGACAUCUACGGGGAGUGCACCAUGCAGAUCACCCAUGAAAACAUCUACCUGUGGGACAUUCACAACGCUCGCCUCAAACUUGUCAUGUGGCCUCUUAGCUCCCUGCGCAGAUACGGACGAGACUCCACAUGGUUCACUUUUGAGUCCGGAAGGAUGUGUGACACAGGAGAGGGUUUGUUCACGUUCCAGACGCGGGAAGGGGAGAUGAUCUACCAGCGGGUCCACUCUGCCACGCUGGCCAUUGCCCAGCAGCAUGAGAGGAUGAUGGAGGAGAUGGAGAAGAGCUCCCAGAUCCACUCCAGAGAGACACUAACCAAGUCCAUCUCUCUGCCACGCAGCGCCUACUGGCAGCACAUCACGCGUCAGAACAGCGUGGGAGAUCUCUACAGUUACCAAGGGAGUGGUGGAAGGAAAAGACUAGUGAACAGAGGAAGUGGCCUGACAAUGACUUUCAUCCCUCGAGCACAGACGUUCCCCAGCUUUCUGUCUGAUGAGCCAGAACAGGAGGAGAGCCAGCACCAGGAAGAGGCGCCAUCGCCCUCUAGUGGCUGUGAAUCCAGUUGCAGCCUGAAACCCCUUCAAUGACAGAGAAUUGCUCCACCAAAACUGGACUCUUUACCCACUACUGUAGAAAGGAUGUAGAAAUAUGUAUAGUGACAUGUGUAAUAUAUCAUUUCCCAGUGAUACUGAAAGAGUAGUGUAAACUGUAGAGCAAGCGGUACAUGAAAAGGGUCCUGAAAAGGAAGAUGUCCUUUGUUCUUUUUGUAUGUUGUGUGACAGCAGCAUUAGCUUCAAAGAUUGCACCAAAAAUCCUGUUAGUGUAGUUUGAAAGUGUUUUGUGUUGUCAUUACGCUGUUAAAGCUAGCCGGACCCUCUUUUAUAAAUCAGUGUACUAUACUGUACAAGAAGUUACAAACAUACAAAGGUCCACUGUAAAACAAUGUCCAAAAAGGCUUUUGUUCCAAAAAUGUAAGAAAUCACACCAGACUCCAACAAUGUGCCGCCUCAGCAACCAUUUCAAUCGAAUCUCCACCAUUUUUGACACACAUUUUCUCCCAUACGUACUGUACUUUGCUCCCUCUCAAGAAUGUGAAAUUGAUCAAUGCCUUACACAGAAACAGCUCGACUUUGAUGGCAGUGAUGAAUCAGCUAAAGACCUUAAUCGGUUACAACCAGCAAAGUGAAAAAGUCGUUCAGAAAUGUGCUUCAAGGAUAUGGGAGUGGACUGUCGUGUCAGAAAUGAUGGAAUGCAACCUUCUCACAAGCCUCUGCUUUAAACUGCCAACCCUACAUUACACUAGCAGAGCAAUUUGGGUUUUAAUAGCUUCCUAGCUCUUCUCCAGCCUCGCAUACGGUAUAUGAUAACGGGUUCAUUAGCAAAGGAGAGAUGUUGGUGACCUGUGGGCGAGUUAUGCAAGGCAGAAGUAAAUCAUGGCAUCACGGGACUCAGAUGUGGGUUGUGGCAAAAAAAACAAACAUCAUAGUAAUUUUGGCCCUGCUCGUAUGUUAUGUUCAUACAAGAUUAAAGUUUGAAGAUUAAAAAUUGCAUCACUAUAUAUUUUACUGAGAAAAUCUGUGCUCAGUAAAAUACAAAAAAAGGAAUUGUUGAGCAUUUUUUUUGGGAAAUGCACUUAUUUGCUUUCUUGCAGAGAGUUAUAUACCACUCUCAUGUCUGUACAAUAACUAUGACUACAGCCAGCAGAUAGCUUAGCUUUGCACAAAGCCUGGAAUCAGCUAGGUAACACAAUCUGCCUACCUGGACCUGUAAAACCACGGCUUGCUGUUUUUAUACUUUGGGUUUCAUAUGGAAUAAACAAAUAAGCUAUAUUGUGUUAAUUAGUGAGCCUUAGAGGUGCUGGUAGGCAAAUUCAGUUACCAUAGCUGGGCUAGGUUUUUCUCCAUUUUCCAGUCUAUGUGCCAAGCUAAUUAUGCUCACCAGCUGUUAACUUCAUAUUAAACAUAUAGAAAUGAGAGUGGUGUUGAUCUUCUCAUCUUACUCUUGUCAAGAAUACAAAAAAGCACAUUUCCCAAAAUGUCAAAGUAUUGAUCCUUUAAAAACUAAUGAAAUGGCUCAUCAUUCACAAUGUCACACAUCAUUUCUGUCCCAGUAGGCUACCUUAUUUUUAAGAGUGUCAGAUACCUUAUACCAUCUUGUUUUCCAGUCAUUAGCAAAAGUAUGAACUAGAAAGAAAUUAUACUAGUGGUCAUUGUUACUAAAAUAGCCAAAAUCAGCAAAAGACCUAUAAAAUAUUUUCAGUGAAUCCUUUCUGUAGCAUGUGAGUGAAAUGUGUCACUGAGUAUAAGUCCACAGUGACAGUAAUGUUCUCUGGAUUGUCCUCCUUCAGUAAGAAGUGCCUUCCGACACAGACCGCAGAUUGUGAGACCUAACUGCUUUGGGCUUUGAGUUUACCAUUGUGGACAGAAUUUAGCUCUGUAUUGUCAAAACAUUUUGAAAAGUCUUAAGUUUCUCUUAAAUACUGUAGACCCGGCUGUGGAAUGACUUGUCCCACCUGAAACCCAACCAGAGUGCUUUUAGAAAGUUGACAAUCACACUUCAUCUCUUGAAAUGGUUGUGGUAAAAGUGGUUGUUGGUAUGUCAAAGAAGGACCCAGCAACAACUCUGAAAUAAAAAAGGAAUCCAAUGACAAUCAUUUUGAGGCAGCAAAGCAUUCAUUCAAACUUAAUCACUUCUUUUAAUGUGUUUUUUAUUGUUAAUGUUUAGAAAUAGAUUCCCGUAGAACAGGAGUACAAGCACUAAUUUUGUGUUGAAGUUAAGUUUUGCAGUCAGUCACUUUAUCUUGUAUUUAAAAGAGCUCAACUUCCUCAUUAAUUUGAGCCUCAAAGUGCCCAUCUACACAUGUGUCUGCAUCUCAAAGCCCACAGUGACAUAUCCGGCCACAUGUCCACCAUAGAUGUGUUGAGUGUGGUUAACAAAUGUGUGUAUACUAGUUACCCUACAUCUGGACCAUUAGAGCCAUACUAACUGAGAAGACUGGAGAAAGUUCUAGAUGAAAUGUGUUUACCAUUCGCAAUUUUUGUUGUUAUUGUAUGUAUGAAAUCAUCAUGAUUUCUGCUAUAGUAACUAAAGGAUUGUUUGUGUCCACCAUGUUUUGGGUUCUGUUACCGUCAGAUUAUAUGUUAAUAGCACUUUGAUUACAUUGAGCGUAGGACUACAGUUUUCACAAAAUGUACAUAUGUAAUGUUUUUGAUGACAAGGUAAUAAGAUAAGGUAAUAAAUUGAAUGUUCUAUCA